AUGGCGUAUUAUAUCCACCAGCGGGCUCUUUUUGCUACGGCAAGAAGAGUAGGAGAUCUGUGUAUAGACGUGAGACCACCUGUUCGGAAGAGUGCGGGACAGACACUGUUCUCAACCCUCAGUGCUCACGGUGAUCUCCUCAAGCCCCAGACCUGGAACAUUGUCCUCUGGAAGGUGUUAUUCCCGCUGCUGGAAGAGGUGAAAUGUCUCUCCUCCACCGCUCCUGAUGAGUCCCUCGAGAGAGCAGAGUCCAGUACACCUAUCUUAGUACAUCACACCCGGAACACAGCGUGUAAACAGUGGGCAGAGACUCAAGUUGGGGCCAUCUCCGGCGUUGCCAGGGUCUUUCAGACAUGGCGAGGUAUCCUGUUCAAGCUAGACAAUUUCUUCGGAGCAUGGGAGUUACUAUUGAGGCACAUCGAGAGUGGAGCUCUUCAUCCGACUAGUGAGGUCUCAACCGCUGCCCUAACUAGCUUCCACGAACUACUCAAGGAUAAUGGGACCCAGGAGGGAGCGUCAGAAUUAUGGGACGUAGCCUGGCACACGUGGCACACAAUAGGGCACCGUAUCACCCACCCCUACCUCUCCUACCCGGUAGAGGGUACUGAUGAUCUUCCUGCUCAGAACUUCCUUACCAGUCUCAUGAGGAUAUUCACUCUUAUCUACCCCAGAGUCGCCAGCAGAUUCACCCGGGAGGAUAUGAUGAACUUUUCAAAAGUAGUGAGAGGAGUUGCUGCUGUCCCGAUAGGACCAGACCUACCGUUCGUUCUAAGUGCUCAGGAUAGCAACCUUACUCCACUUCAAUCCUCUAUCCUCAUCGCUCUUGAAUGUGUGGACCAGUGCCCGGACACUGAGAUGUCCCUGGCUGCCCACGUUGUAAUGGAGUACCUGGUUCUAGGUACUCUCUCCUACCUCCCUCCCCCCGUCCUCGGUACUCCUGCUCUCGACUUACUUGGUAAGAUUCUAUCACCUCGAUCACCUCGCCCAACUUUAGACUACAGAUUAUCACCCCGAUCCAACACUACACCUCAACGUUCUGCACCUAACCUCACGCCACACCAGGCCUGCAAUACCCCCCCUCCUGCACCCAGUUUGUCGUCUGAAGUGUCCCCGAUUAACCCCGUCCCAUCACUUUCUCUGCCACUGCACAGAUUAUCACCUUCUCACCAUUUAUCACCUUCUCAACUACCAUCACCUUCAAAUGGCAUAUCAGGAUAUAAUACAGCUCCAGUACGGUGCCUUUAA